AUGGUAAACAUCUUCAAGCGACCGAAGGAUGAUUCAGCCAAUCCGGCACCGUCUGAAGUCUACAACUGGCGGAUAUAUGGCCUUGCAGCUUCUGCCGCCAUGGGAUCCGCCAUGUUCGGGUACGAUUCAGCAUUCAUUGGAGGUACCAUGGCUCUCCCUUCGUUCAAGAGUCGGUUUGGUCUGGACUCUUCAACCGGGACAGCGCUAGCCGCUCUGCGAGCCAAUAUCGUAAGCACAUUCCAAGGUGGUUGCUUUUUUGGUGUGCUAUUUUGUUACUAUCUCGUGGAACGACUUGGCCGUCGCUGGGUCUUGAUUGGAUGCGGUGGUCUCUUUGACCUCGGCGCAGUGUUGCAGCUUGUCGCCAAUGGCAACUUGGCUUUUAUCUACGCCGGUCGUGUUCUUACUGGACUUGCUGUCGGUGCUUCAUCCAUGAUUAUACCCGUUUACAUAUCCGAAUCCGGCCCUCCUGCCAUCCGUGGACGUCUAAUCGGAGUUUUCGAAAUCUUCCUACAGUUCUCACAGAUCAUCGGCUUUUGGGUCAACUAUGGAGUCAACAUUCAUAUCUCAGGCACAUCAGAUGUGCAAUGGCACGUUCCAUUUGCGCUGCAAAUCAUCCCCGGCACGCUUCUCUGCAUCUGCAUGUUCUUUCAGCCCGAGUCCCCUCGAUGGCUGUUGAACGCUGGUCAUACGGACAAAGCCCGAAAAGUCCUUCAGCGACUUCGGAAAUUACCUGCCGACCAUCCUUAUCUCAACUGGGAGAUAAAUACAGUUCUCCAGCAAAUCGAGGAGGAGACUGCUCUUGGGGCGAAGAGGGGCAUCUUGGAAAAGCUGCGGGAGAUUAAGCUCCCUACGAAUCGGCGACGCUUGCUUCUCGGUGUUGCACUCAUGUUUAUCCAGAAUAUGAGUGGAAUCAACGCACUAAACUACUACAGCCCGUCCAUCUUCCAGUCCAUCGGUUUCACUGGUACUAGUGUGGGAUUGCUCGCAACUGGAAUUUUCGGCAUUGUGAAGGCCUGUGCUACAAUGCUAUACAUGAUUUGGGGUGUGGACGCUCUCGGCCGCAGGCAAUCCCUCAUGAUUGGCUCAACGGGCGCUGCAAUUGCUCUUUUCUAUCUCGGUGCCUAUUCAAAGCUCUCCGGGUCCUUCAGCGCAGGGCAAAUAUCUGCAGGAGAAAGGUCACCAGGUGCUUACGUGGCGAUCGUCAUGAUCUAUGUCUUUGCUGUUUUCUAUGCAAUCUCAUGGAACGGCAUCCCUUGGAUUUUCUGCGCCGAGAUUUUCCCCAUGGCCAUUCGCUCAAUAUGUCUAGUCUUCACGACUUGCGCGCAAUGGCUUGGUCAAUUCACUAUUGUCUACUCGACGCCUUACAUGAUGACGGACAUCACCUAUGGCACAUUCCUGUUGUUUGCCUGUUCGGUCGUUUUCGGUUUCUUCUUCACAUUCUUCCUGAUUCCCGAAACUAAAGGAAUUUCUCUCGAAGACAUGGACAUUCUAUUUAACAGGGAGGGCAUGCCGAGGACAUGGCGCCGCCAGGCAGAGGAAAUAAUCGAACAGCGCCGAGCUGACGGACAUGCGGACGCAUUAGGUCGGGAUGAGAAGGAGAUUGCGGCUUCACACCAUGAGGCUUAG